AAUUCAUCUUCCUCUUUUCCCAAGUAAUCUCAACUGCCAUCAUCUCUGAUCUCUCGUCUCUCACUCUGCGCAACGCAACUCUUUAUAAAUUUGACAAGAAAGCAGCCCAACACAUCCAACCAUCUCUCUGAUCCAUCUCUCAUGCCUUCUGCAAUUUCUUCUGUAGAAGACACAAUGGCCAACGUUGGCCUUGCCAGUGCCAAGGAAGAAGACGCUGAGGUUACCGGAGAUGCAACAAUCCCUCUCUAUUCCUCCUACAACGACCGGAUUCGACCCCUCCUCGACGCCGUAGAUCAGCUGCGCCACCUCAAUGUCAUGAAAGAAGGCAUUGAGCUCCCCACCAUUGUCGUCGUCGGCGACCAAUCCUCCGGCAAAUCUAGUGUCCUCGAGUCCCUUGCCGGCAUCAGCCUCCCUCGCGGCGUAGGCAUCUGCACACGGGUUCCCCUCAUAAUGCGAUUACAGAGCCAUUCUUCUCACGACCCAGAACUCCAAUUGGAGUAUCUCGACCAUAAGGUCGACACUGAUGAAGUCCAUGUCGCGGAAGACAUCAUUGAAGCCACCAAUGAGAUCGCAGGUAAGAAAAAAGGCAUCUCCCAUACUCGUCUCACUCUCACGGUGAAAAAGAAAGGCGUCCCGGAUCUCACCAUGAUUGAUUUGCCUGGUAUCACGAGGGUCCCUGUUCAUGACCAGCCCGAAGACAUCUACGAGCAGAUAUCCAACAUUAUAAUGGAGUACAUAAAGCCCAAAGAGAGCAUCAUUCUCAACGUCUUAUCGGCUACUGUCGAUUUCCCGACCUGCGAAUCGAUCCGAAUGUCUCAACGUGUCGACACCACCGGCGAGAGGACUCUGGCUGUGGUCACUAAGUGCGAUAAGGCUCCUGAAGGUCUUAAAGAGAAGGUGACCUCGGACGAUGUUCACAUUGGCCUUGGCUAUGUUUGCGUGAGGAAUCGCAUUAACGACGAGUCGUACGAGGAAGCCAGGGCCGAGGAGGCAAGGUUGUUUCAAUCCGAUCCUCUGCUCUCUCAGAUUGACAAAUCCAUCGUGGGUAUUCCUGUUUUGGCUCAGAAACUAGUGGAACUCCAAGCAGCCAGUCUCGCAAAAUGCCUGCCGGACAUCGUAAAGAAGAUCGAUGAGAAACUCAAUCUAAACGUUUCUGAGUUCAACAAACUGCCACAGAAUCUAUCCAGCGCGGGUGAAGCCAUGGCUGCAUUCAUGUGGAUUAUUGGGUCUACGAAAGAAUCUCUCAGGAAAAUCCUUGUGAGAGCGGAGUUUGAUGAGUUCCCAGAUGACAAAUACAUGCAUUGCACCGCUAGAUUGGCCGAGAAGCUCAACGAGUAUUCCGAAAAGCUCAAACUGAGGUCCGAAGUCGUCAAGGAUAAGUUUUUAAUGGAGGAAAUUCGAGUCCUCGAAGAGGCGAAAGGCAUUGAGCUUCCGAAUUUCCUUCCUCGCACAGCUUUCCUCACCAUUUUACAGAGAAAAGUGAAAGAAAUAUCAGACACUCCCGUCAAUUUCGUUCAAGAUGUGUGGGCUUACACAGAAGACGUGGUCGUCCGAGUCCUGAUGCACCACUCCGAAGGCUACCCACAGCUUCAAUCUUGCACAAGAAGGGCAGCACAGAAUCUAAUCGCCAAGAUGAAGAACCACUCUGUUGAUCGAGUGGUGGAGAUCGUGGAGAUGGAGAAGAUGACGGAUUAUACCUGCAACCCAGAUUACAUGUCAACCUGGCACAGUCUCAUGGCGCAACAAGAAGCGUUCAUGAUGCAGUUAAACAACAUCUCCGUGCAUCAUCAGAAUCAGUGUGCGACGAUUGAAGGUUAUGGGACUAUUGAGGUAGAACAUCUGAGGGCCUACACUGGGAUGGUGCAGCAAGCAUUCGACAUGAGAAUGAGAAUCAAGGCUUACUGGAAGAUUGUGCUACAGAGGUUGGUGGACAGUUUGGCGCUCCACCUUCUCUUCAGUGUUCAGAACUUGGUAAACAAAGAGCUGGAGAAGGAGAUUGUGAUUGAGCUGAUGGGGCCUCAUGUUGGUGGGAUUGAACGGUUGCUUGACGAAUCCCCAUCUGUUACCCAGAAGCGAGAUCGGCUCAAUAGGAGCAUUAAGUUACUCAAGGAAUCCAAGGAGAUUGUGGCCAAGAUUAUGGACCGUAUCAGCUGAUUUCUUCUGUUCUUCUAGUCUCUUUCUCUGUUGACUGUUCUGUUUAUGUAGAGGAUAUAUAUGGGAAUGGGACCUAAUUAAGUAACCUCUCUAUGUAUCAUCAAUAUUGUGUUGAUAAUUGAUAUGAUAUGUAUGGUUGGUGGUCAUUUAUAAGUAAUACUAUAUGCAUGGGGUGGGGGUGAAUGAGUGAUGGUAUUGGUUGCUUUAUAUAUUCAAAUCUCUUUUUGAUUGGCUGA